GCUUAUCCUGAGCUCAGAGCACAUGCCAGUUCUGCUGCUUCGCGUUCGUUCGAAGAUGCCGUGUGGUUGAGAGGGAUUUCUGUUAUACCGCACGCCAAGACAAGACGCUGUCUCUGCAAAUGAGGUUCACUUUGGCUACAACCUGGCGCACCCGCCUGCUGCACAUACGGCGCCGAUGCGAACGUGUCUUCCGGGAGAACCGCAAGGCUUCCUAUGUGAGGGCUGCCUUCCAGCUGGCCAAGGAGUGGUCAGACGUGCUGCCUUUCAUCAGCAUGCUGCUACUCACUGGCGUCUCCGCGUUUGUACCUCUUAUGGUCAUGCGUUACUGGAAGGACGUAGUAGAGGAAUCAAGGCGCGGAAUCCCUUGGCGUCCGUGGUACGAGCGCGACCUGAGGAGUAAUGGCUCCAUGGACGACGAGGCUGACAACCCUCGCAUUCUUGCCUGGGCAGCAUCCGCUUUCCACUGGGAACCUGAGGAGCCGACGCCGACUAGUGACGAGCGCCUCUUGGAGCGCUGCUCCGUUCGUGCGGACCAAAGCCCUUGUUUCAUCACCAGGGACAGAAAUUAUCUGAGGCGAGCCGACGCCAUCCUCUUCGACACCAGCAGCGUCAACUACCGCGAUGUGCCGACGUACCGGCACAAAGGACAGGUAUGGGUAAUCUUGGACCGAGGCCAACCCUUGAAGGAAGCCUCCAAUGACCUGCGGUUGAUGACCGCCGAAUUCAACUGGACGAUGUCGCAGCGCGAUGACGCUGACGUGAUAGUGCCGUACCGAUCAUGGACUACCGUGCCGAGCAACAAAUCACUUGACAACUUCAACCGGAGCUUCAAAUCAAAACCCAGGGCCUCGCUGUGGCUGGUGAGCAAGUGUGAGGCUGAUCAAAUUCACUCUUCAGCAAAAACCAUUGAAAACAUAACGACUGAAUUUCAGUUUGCCCAUUCUGUUGCGAAUGCCAGCAGCGCCCACAUCGUUGAGAACUGUGGUGGCAUACAAUGCCAGAAGAACCUUGACUCUUGCUUAAGGCAGUUUCAGAAGCAGUACUGCUUUGUAUUCGUCGUCGACAGUUCACCCUGCUUUCAGCAUCCGAAAAAGCUACUGUUCGGUGCUCUUCAGCACUCCAUCAUACCUGUGUAUUUCGGACGUUCUAGACUAGGGAAUACGGUGCCACCGAUGUCAGUUCUGCAGGCCACCGCGGCUCCUACGGUGGGUCACGUUCUGAAAGAGAUGUUCCAAAUUUAUCACAACUUCAAAUAUUACAGCGCUUACACGACGUGGAAAGAAAAUUACGUCAUCAUUAAGCCAAAGAAUGAUCUGUGUGCGCUGUGCGAUGCCCUGUACGAAAGUCGGCGUAGUACUUCAAGCAAUGAUGUUGUGGAGUGGCUGGGACGGUCCCAGGAACGCAAAGAAUCGUGCAACGACCAUCUGUAUCCAAAGAACAUCAGCCAGGCAAAAGAAAUGGUCAUCCCGAUUCGUUCUACGUUCAGAGAGGAAGGAUAAAUAUGUAGCGCUAAUAAGAAAUUGUUAGUGCGACCUUAGUCGCAAGUACCACGUCUGGGCAACCUUUCCCACGAUACCUAUGUAUAUGUUGUGGGACAAAAUGUGAGCCACCUUUGUCACUUGUUGCACGGCCACAACGGCCGAAACAGAUAUGCAGUGUUUUUAGCGUUUAAUGUGACAACCUUUACAGCUCGACUCAUCCAGUGACAAG